AUGAGCGACGCGGACGGCUCUGAGCCUGAGAUUGAGGACGAGAGGGGGGACUUCGACCCUCCACCUUCGGUCGCGGAAGGCUCUGAGCCGGGUGGAAGGAAGUCUGUCACUGACCUUUCCAGUGUCUCUACCAGCAAGGUCCGGGUGGUGUACGACCUGACCAAGGCAUGCACUUGUUGCUUGUGCAAUGCCAAGUCCACGGACGAGAGUCCUUUGGACGGGUGGGAGGGCGACGAAGACCGUUUGCUUGAUGGUCGACUUCCCUGGUCCAAAUAUGGGAAACGACUACUUCCAGAUGGGAGCGGAGAGAUCGUGCGGGUGCCGGAAGGGCGGAUCGACCUCAUCUGCUUGAAC